UGGGCCCCUUCGUCCCCCGGACCUGCGGAGGCGCGGGUCCCCGGAUCCCGGGGCCUAGCGGACCGUGGGCUCCGGGCGCCCACGCGGGCGGGAGCGGGCCGGGCUGAGCUUCCCGCGUGAACCCGCCCUUUCCCCGCGGCGCUGGUGGUCAGGUGGCUGCCUGCCCCCGGCCGCCUCUCCACCCAGCCCCGGAUCCCCUCCCAGGCUUUCCUUGGCUUGGCCCCCUGGACUGUCCUGACUCCAGCCCCUCUCCCAGCCCGGGACCCUCAGGCCAGGGAGAGUGGCCCCCUUUCCAGAUGUUAGGGCCCCGCGGCGUUUCUGAACAUCUGGGUGGAACGCGGAGGCCCCCGGUGGCUGCCGGAGGGUGUCCACGUUGCGGCGGGGGCUCAGCCCGAAGUGUGGGCGCUCAGAGCCGCAGCGGGAGCCCUGCAUCUGGUGUUGACCACCUUCCUCUCCCCCGCACCGGCUUUGGCCAGUCACUAGACCCUGGACUUUGACCUGUCUCUCUCCACCAGGCCCGGGCAGCUGAUGGUUUUGGCGAAGUACCUUAAGGUAGCUGGGUCCACACCCUCUUCCCCACCUACCUCUUGUCCUCCCCCCACACCACCACCACCCUGGCUCCCCUCCCUCAUGACCGCCUGGAUCCUCCUUCCUGUCAGCCUGUCAGCAUUCUCCAUCACUGGCCUAUGGACUGUGUAUGCCAUGGCCGUGAUGAACCACCACGUGUGCCCCGUGGAGAACUGGUAUGGCGCACUCUGCAGACAGCCUCACUCUAAAGCUCCCUUCAUCUCUGUUCCCUCUGGGGCCGGGGCUGCCUCGAGCCAGAUGGAGACACUGGGCCUCACUGCUCUUCUCUGACAUUGGCAGCGCCUGCCCCUCCCCAGGUCCUACAACGAAUCCUGCUCUCCUGACCCCACUGAGCAAGGGGGCCCCAAGACCUGCUGCACCCUGGACGAUGUCCCCCUCAUCAGUGGCCCUGAUCUGCCUCCUGCGCUACGGGCAGCUCCUGGAGCAGAGCCGUCGUUCCUGGGUCAACACCACGACGCUCAUCACAGGCUGCACCAACGCUGCGGGCCUGGUGGUGGUGGGCAACUUCCAGGUGGAUCACGCUAAGUCUCUGCACUACGUCGGAACCGGCGUGGCCUUCACUGCCGGGCUGCUCUUUGUCUGCCUGCACUGUGCCCUCUCCUACCACGGGGCCACUGCCCCCCACGACCUGGCUGUGGCCUACCUGCGGAUCGUGCUGGCAGCCAUCGCCUUUGUCUCUCUGAUCCUCAGCGGGGUCUUCUUCAUCCACGAGAGCUCUCAGCUGCAGCACGGGGCAGCCCUAUGCGAGUGGGUGUUUGUCAUCGACAUCCUCAUCUUCUACGGCACCUUCAGCUAUGAGUUCGGGGCAGUCUCCUCGGAGACACUGGUGGCCACACUGCAGCCCGCCCCCGGCCGGGCCUGCAAGUCGUCCGGAAGCAGCAGCACCUCCACACACCUCAACUGUGCCCCUGAGAGCGUCGCCAUGAUCUGAGGUCUGGGGAGGGUGGCUGGCCCGGCCUCCGCAGCUCCCCACCCCGUUAUCUCCUUCGCAUUUAUUUUGUACCAAAAAACGAUUUUGAGAAAGUAUUCUGUUGGGACAGAGGCUUCCUCGCUCCUGGAGGAGUGGCCAUCCCACACCCACCUGUGCCAUACAGGAGCGGGCCCUGGCGGCUGCCCAAGCUGCGCACAGCCUGCUCCCCACACCGCAGUGUUAUUUUUAUGUUUUAAAGGUCACGUAUCCUCAUUCACCCAGCCAGCCCUUCAGGUGCCUUCUACUCCCCCAGUGCCACUGGGGUUUCCUGCUGCAGGAAUUGGGGGCUGGGAACAGCAAGAGGGACAGCAGUCUGGGGGCGGGGGUGAGCACUCCUUAGUCUGUGGGAAGGCCCACUUCUGGGCCCACUGAGCUGCACUGGGAUUCUUCACUCUGUCCCUUUCUUUAGGGCAAAUAACACAGCAGAACCACGUGGGUAUUUUAGUACUUUUUUUUAUAUAUAUAUCUAUUAAAAGAAUUCUAAUUUGCA